ACAGCGGCACGUUUCAUGCCCAUGCGCACCUCCUUAGGACACACCCUCCUUCUCUGAUUUAAACCAAUCAGAGUCGCCUCGCGCCCUUGCCGGGAGCCAAUUGAGUGAUGCGCGUCUUCCGCAAACAUGUCUCCCACGAGGCUGUGUGUUCCAGGUGACAAACUGUGCAGCGUGGAGGACUGCAUUAUGGGUACCGGCGUCUACCUGCGGCACGGCUACAUCUACUCCUCUCUUGCAGGCUACGUCCUGAGGAAGAAUGAGGGGGAGGAGUUACCUGUGAUCUCCGUGGUCAGAGAAACGGAAGUCCAGCUGCUACCAGAUGUGGGCGCCAUUGUCACCUGUAAGGUGCACAUCCUGUAUGUGGGUUCCACGCCGCUGAAGGACCUGUUCAGAGGAACCAUCAGGAAAGAAGACGUUCGCGCCACAGAGAAAGACAAGGUGGAGAUGCACAGAAGUUUCAGACCCGGAGACAUCGUUCUGGCCAAGGUGAUUUCUCUGGGAGAUGUCCAGUCCAACUACCUGCUGACCACAGCAGAGAACGAGCUCGGAGUGGUGGUGGCCCACAGCGAUGCAGCCCGAGCUCAGAUGGUUCCCAUCAGCUGGUGUGAGAUGCAGUGUCCACAGACACACACCAAGGAGUUCCGCAAAGUGGCUCGAGUCCAGCCCGAGUAUCUGGAGGCGUGAGGGUCCUCCACCCCCCUCUGCACCCGGACCUCUCCACUACUACCUUCAUAAAACAAGCCCCCCCCCCAAGGCGGCCUCUUGUCCUGCAUGGAAGCAGAACUCGGUCCUGAGGCUGCGGGGGGGGCGGGGGUUCAGUCUUCUGUCUUCAGAUGUUUCUGCUGGAGGAUAAAAUGUCUUCAAUGCUCAGAUUUGAACUCUUGCUCUGAAUUCUGGGAGUGUGGUCGUGUCUGCUGGACUCUGUGAAGAUGAGCCGUUCAGCUGAUGCAGACGUCUUCUCCUGCAGGAGGCACCGAGCGCUCCUGAUCUCUGCCUACAGUGUUAUGUGAAGUUGGAUGACUUUGGUUUGUGUGACUCCUGAACGUGUUGUUUGUCACUGCAGUCCUCUUGAACAUGAAAUAAAACCAAAUCAAACCUGAA